AUGGCAAAACAACACGCAUCAAUUUUAGCUUCUGGUCAGGUAUACACAGAAACAUGCAUGACUUUUAUGAAAUCAGAAAUACGUAAAUCCAAUAUUUAUAGAGUCGAUAGUUUUGAUCGGAGCAACCAUACUUUCAUGGUCCACGAGACAGUAGUUCCAAGAGAAGGGCGACCAAUUGGUCAUUUCAGUGUAAAUCUUUCUAACAACAUCAAAUAUGAUUACUGGAGCCUUAUACCUGAUGUGUACAAGGUGGAAACAGUACUAAAAGUCUACAGUGAAGCGUUCCAACCCAUACCAAACGAAGGAUAUUGGCCACAAUAUGAAGGUGUUAAGGUACUAACGGGCCUAAAGGAAGGUAUGAGUAGAGUUGAGGUUCCUGCUUCAACAAUGAUUAUCGAUUCUACAGACAAAUUCACCACCGAUCAGGUAUUUCCCUCUCGAGAAGCUGUAUUUGAAUGGACAAAACAUAUUGGAAGGCAAAAUGGAAUUUUAAUUGUUAUCAUUUGA